AUGGCUUUACCUGGACUUAAGCAGCAGCUCCAGCACCUAAUCGAAUCCAUGGUGAACGAGGGUAUCUUAGUUGAACAGCAGUUUGCUCAAGUGCAAGAGUUGAAAACUUCAGACAAUCCUAAUUUUGUUUCCCAAAUCCUCAACGAUUUCUGUGAUGGCGCAGAGACAAGUAUAACUAAUUUGAAUAAGUUUCUAUGUGAAGAACAAGUUGAAUUUGACAAGUUAGAUACAAGUAUUCAUCUUUUAAAAGGAAGUAGCUCAAGCAUUGGAGCAUAUCAAAUGCGUCUUGCUACUGUUGACCUUGUUAAAGCUGUUGAUGAAAAGGACAAGGAAAUGUCCUUGGAGGCCUUGAAGAAAGUCACACAUGAGUACCUGAGAAUACAGUACAAAUUGCAGACCAUUAUUCAGCUGGAGAACAAGAUGUAUGAUAUUGAAUCCAAACCACUAUUACAUGAUGGAAAUUGUGCAGCAGGGCCUUCAUAUACAAAAGAUAUAUGA